UGCAAGGGGGACCCCUGCCUCCAGAGGGGCUGUGGGUCACACUGUGGAUAGCGUGAGGCACUAGUGCAUCUGGACUCAGUGAUUCACACACUGCCUCUGGUUAACUGAGCUCUGCCAUGAGCCUGCUAUGACAUCGGCAAAGUAGGGUGUUUAGGUAAGACCAGGGUGGGUCAGGUAUUGAGCUUGUUGACCAAAUAGGGUUGACCAUUUUGUACUAGAGAACCCUGCAACCUAGCAGGUAAAAUUCUUUGAGUGGUUGGAGGAUUUGCAGGAAGCCAGUAUCAUUUCUUGCUCCUUCCCCGUGUUUUUUUUAAUUCCUUCCUAGUCUGUGGAGUCCCCAGAGAACCUUUUGAAGAAAAACAGAGGAUAAUUGGCGGAUCCGAUGCAGAUAUUAAAAACUUCCCCUGGCAAGUCUUCUUUGACAACCCGUGGGCUGGUGGAGCGCUCAUUGAUGAGUACUGGGUGCUGACGGCAGCUCAUGUUGUGGAGGGAAACCAGGAGCCAACAAUGUAUGUUGGGUCCACCUCAGUGCAGACCUCACGGCUGGCAAAAUGCAAGAUGCUGACUUCUGAGCAUGUGUUUAUUCAUCCGGGAUGGAAGCUGCUGGAAGUCCCAGAAGCACAAACAAAUUUUGAUAAUGACAUUGCACUGGUGCAGCUGAAAGACCCAGUGAAAAUGGGACCCACCGUCGCCCCCAUCUGCCUACCAGGCACCUCUGCUGACUACAACCUCAUGGAUGGGGACCUGGGACUGAUCGCAGGCUGGGGCCGAACAGAGAAGAGAGAUCGCGCUCUUCGCCUCAAAGCGGCAAGGUUACCUGUAGCUCCUUUAAGAAAGUGUAGAGAAGUGAAAGUGGAAAACCCCAAAGCAGAUGCAGGGGCCUAUGUUUUCACUCCUAACAUGAUCUGUGCUGGAGGAGAGAAGGGCAUGGAUAGCUGUAAAGGGGACAGUGGUGGGGCCUUUGCUGUACAGGAUCCCAAUGACAAGGCCAAAUUCUACGUAGCUGGCCUGGUGUCCUGGGGACCCCAGUGUGGGACCUAUGGGCUCUACACACGGGUACAGAACUAUGUUGACUGGAUAAAGAAGACUAUGCAGGAAAAUAGCACCCCCAGUAAGGAUUAAUCCGGAUACAUCCCACCAGCCUCUCCAAGGGGCGUGACCAAUGCAUUGCCUUCUGUUCCUUAUGAUAUUCUCAUUAUUUCAUCAUGACUAAAGGAAGACAUGAGCGAAUGAUUUAAAUAGAACUUGAUUGUUGAGAUGCCUGGCUGGAAGUAGAGAGGUAGAGUUUGAUCAUAGAAUUGUGCUGGUCAUUCAUUCAUGGUCUGACUCCUUGGGGUCCUUUCCCCUGAGUACCUAUUGUAGAUAACACUAUGGGUGGGGCACUCCUAUCUUGCACUAUUCCACAGGGACACUUUAAUUCUUUGUUUCCUCUUUACCUGUUCAAAAUUCCAUUUACUUGAUCAUUCUCAGUAUCCACUGUCUCUGUACAAUAAAGUAUGUUUAUAAGCAAA